CCCUCCGUCCUCCUCCCUCCUCCCUCCGCCCUCAGCCCUCUGCGCUCGACCCUCCGCCCCCCACCCGGCCGGGCUAGCGCCAUGGGCCGCCUCUUCGGGCGAGCCGCGCUGCGGGCUCUGCUCUGCGGGCCGCGCGCCCCGGGCCUGCGCCUGUUUGUGCGGCCCAGCUCGGGAGGGCCCACAUGGACCCAGGAGAGGACCCUGGUGGCAGUGAAGCCAGAUGGAGUCCAGCGGCGGCUCGUUGGGACUGUGAUCCAGCGCUUUGAGAGGCGAGGCUUCAAACUGGUUGGGAUGAAGAUGCUGCAGGCACCUGAGAACAUCCUUGCUGAGCACUACCAGGACCUACAAAGGAAGCCCUUCUACCCAGCCCUCAUCAGCUAUAUGAGCUCUGGGCCUGUGGUGGCCAUGGUCUGGGAGGGAUACAAUGUGGUCCGUGUCUCAAGAGCGAUGAUAGGACACACUGACUCCACUGAGGCUGCCCCUGGAACUAUCCGGGGAGACUUCAGCAUUCACAUCAGCAGGAACAUCAUCCAUGCCAGCGACUCUGUGGAAGGAGCCCGGAGGGAGAUCCAGCUGUGGUUCCAGGAUAGUGAGCUGGUGAACUGGGCAGACGGUGGCCACCAUAGCAGCAGCUGUCCAGCCUGAGGGCUCAUGCCACCCUUGUCACUCCAUUGUCCACCAAGGAGCAACUACCUCGGUCAUCAAGAACUCAAGCCUACAUCCUUCCUAUCUCUCCUAAACCACUUCCUUGUUCACCUUCUGCCCCACCAGCCCACAGGAGUUUGGGGCCCAACUUUAUGUGCCUUUCUGUGUCCUAAGCUAGCACAAAAUAGACCACAUCCUGUGUCAAAGUGCCACACAACUUUCAGGGCAUCUUCAAAGGUGACUUCCCCUGCCCCAAAGAAGAAACAUUAAAACUCAUUUCUUAGAAUGGAAGUGUGCUCAUUAUGAUUUUUGCCAUCUCUGAGACAGCAGUGAUGGUUUUAUGGAAGUUGUAAAUUGAAGCUCACUGAAUUAAAUAUGCAAGAGGGAAUGGAUCCCUCACUUUUGUUGU